GAGCAAAAAGUUCAGACACCGACAGCCAGAUUGGGGAAGAAACUGACUCACCAAGUGUUUGGCGAUGUACCUACUGUAGCAUAUACCUAUUUAUAAAAACUUCUUGUGAUUCCCUUCCCGGUGCUGGAAGGCCUCCCGACUGCGCAUCCUAACGGCAGCCAGCCCCGUCGCACUCGCACCAACUCACAGAACCGGCCCAGCAUGUCUCAAUUGCCCACCAAGAACUGCGGCGUCCUGGGCUGCACCGGCUCGGUCGGCCAGCGCUUCAUCCUGCUGCUCCAGCAACACCCGUGGCUGCGGCUCGUGGCCGUGGGCGCCUCGUCGCGGUCGGCCGGCAAGAAGUACCGCGACGCCGUGCGGUGGAAGCAGUCGAGCCCGAUCGCGCCCGAGGUCGGCGACCUGGUGGUGCGCGAGUGCAAGGCUAGCGAGUUCGCCGACUGCGACAUCGUCUUCAGCGGCCUCGACAGCGACGUCGCCGGCCCCAUCGAGCGGGAGUUCCAGCUGGCCAACCUGGCCGUCUUCUCCAACGCCAAGAACUACCGCCGCGACCCGCUCGUGCCGCUAGUGGUGCCGACCGUCAAUCUCGACCACCUCGGCUUGAUCCCGCAUCAGCGCAGGACGCUCGGCCUGCAGAAGGGCUUCCUCGUGUGCAACAGCAACUGCGCCGUCAUCGGCCUGGUCAUCCCGUUCGCCGCCCUGCAGGCGCGCUUCGGCAGGAUCGACACCGUCUCCGUCGUCACCAUGCAGGCCGUGUCGGGCGCCGGGUACCCGGGCGUCAGCAGCAUGGACAUCAUCGACAAUGUGGUGCCCUUCAUCGCAGGCGAGGAGGACAAGCUGGAGACGGAGGCGCGGAAGAUCCUGGGCGGCAUCAACGCCGAGGCGACCGCCUUCGAGGAGCAGACCACCCUGCGCGUGUCGGCCGCGUGUAACCGCGUGCCCGUGAUGGACGGUCACACGGCCUGCGUGUCACUGCGCUUUGCCCAGCGCCCGCCGCCAACGGCCGAGCAGGUCAGGGAGGCCAUGCGCAGCUACGUCUGCGAGGCCCAGCGCCUGGGCUGCCCCUCGGCCCCCGAGCCUCCCAUCAAGGUGUUCGACGAGCCCGACAGGCCACAGCCUCGGCUCGACCGCGACCUGUCCAGGGGUUAUACCGUCAGCGUCGGCCGUGUCCGCGAGGAUGAGAGCGGCAUCUUCGACAUCAAGUUCGUCGCGCUCAGCCACAACACCGUCAUUGGCGCCGCCGGGUCUUCCAUCCUCAACGCCGAAGCCGCCAUUUUGAAGGGCUUCAUCUAAAACCGAUUUACGCAUAGGAAAAACACGUGUGUGCAAGCAUCCAGCACCGGCGUUUCGCUGCGCAGGUAUACCAUAGACGAUUCUGGGGCGGCCACGUGGU